AUGGAAAAUAAAUCUGAUACGGAGAUGGACGAGGUGAGCACGACCCGGCUUCCUGACAAAAGACGACAACAGUUGACAACAAACACACGAACGAUUGCAAACGUAGAUCUCAAUGCAUACGCUGAGCAGCAGACUGCCGAUUUUUCCAGUACCACAACGAACAGCAAAGAUGAAAUAUUUGUUCUUAAUAAUGAAGGGAUGGGAACAGGUCUAAGCUUAGAGCCGAUCGUGUUGUCCGAGUCUGCAGACAGCAUUACACAGAAUCCUGCUCAAGUCGUAUACCUGCAGCCUGAAAUGGUGCACGACAAUACAACGGAUAGUGCUGUUGCAACUGCUGUGCUGCAAAAUCUUAAUCUGAUUUUGGCAAACCAGUCGAAGAUCAUGCAAGUUAUGACGAAACUUAUGACUGCAGUAGAAUACAUGUCUGUAGCUUUGAGUGAAGGUGUAGCUCACCAAGUACCAUUUGUUUCUACCACUGGUUUGGAGGAUACAGUAGAUCCAAUACGUUCUCUUGAGGAACUAAACUUGCUCGAAGAGAGCCUGAAAGAUGAUCGUGUUAUGCAAAAAUAUAUAAGAAAUAUGAGCUUUAUAUGCGGCACUAGUGGAAAAGCAAACGGAAUGGACAGUUGUUAUAAACUGGUCGAUUUUUUCCUUCCAUUUCUACUGCAAUGUUCCUGGACCGGAAUUUCGAGACCAACAGGAAUGAAUCAGUCCGGAGUAAACGAACCUGGCAAGGUAACUGAAACGAGUAAAAUCGCUUUAAAGUUUUUCAAGAGAUUUCGUGCGCUGUUUCUUAAGUAA